GAUCUCUCAUAUCUGGUCAUUUACCACAAACCUGCUGAAGUGAAUACACCAAAGCAAACAAACCUACAAGCGAGAGAAAGAGCAUGACGAUGAACAAGAAGAUGAUGGCUAGACAACACCUCCUUGAUGAAAUGGAGAGAGUGAAAAGCCAAGUGAAACUGACCCCGGAGGAGAGAAGAAAAGAGGUCAGAAGACAAAUGUAUGUUGCCCUUAAAGCAAUGGAGAUGGAGCGCAGACAAAGAGUGGCUCUGGAGGAUAUGGAGAAGUGCAAAAGGGACAGAGAGGAGAGAGAAAGAGUGGCAGAAAGUCUGAGGAGAAAGAGAGAAAAAGUUGAGGAGGAGAGGAUGAGGCAGGAGGUCCUGGAGAAACAAAAACAAGAGCAACUAAAGAAAGAGAAGCUUCAGUGGGAAAGUGUGAUGAUGGUGGAGGAGGAGGAUGUGAAAAGGCCCAGGUAUACUGGAAGUGCUCUGAAAAAAGAGCCAGAGAGGAAAGGAGAAGAGCUCUGCCAUGUGCCAACGGUGGGAGACAAAGCCCAGCCAGAGAGCCUGACCUCUGACCUCAAGUCAGCUGAGCUGAAAAAGGAAACUCUGUACAACAACUGGGUUGGAGAAGAAAAGGUCCAGCCAAACAGCUCUGUCUAUCGACUCUUUGCUGCAAAACCAGGCCCCAAACCUGAAGAAAAAACAAAAACCACAGACCACAGAGAGAAGAAGAGUGAGAAACACAAGGUCAAAGUAGAGGAGCAGUACACAAGGUGGAGCAGCUACAAGAGCAGCCAUAUGAGCCAGUUCUCCCAGCUGAAUGACUGCUACACUGGAGGAUUCGCUACAAGCAGAAAUAGCAUCCUGAAAUCCACUUUUUAAUUUUAUCAAUAUUAUUGUAUAUAUUUAAUUUACUUCUUUGUUUUUGUGAUGUGUUAAGCUUAAGUAAAACUGUGUUUAAGUAAAAACA